UUAUGCGUCCUGCUGUCCGGGCUUUAGUUUAGAUGAACCAGCUGUUUCUCUUUGGGAACUUUAAAGCAAUGAUUCAGCAGAUGGUGUUGUCUUUGGUAACUGGCACAACAACAAUUUAGCAUAGUGACUCAGUGGCAGGAGGGUUUCCGCGUCCCAGCAUCGUUGCCAUUCCUUGGAGUGGACGGGCUGCUUUCUUGAACGCAUGUGUCAAUGCUGAGGGAGAAAUACGCAAACAGGAACUGGUCGUACAGGGACUGCACUGCUGGGUAAACGAAACAAAACCGGAGGGGAUCAGAGGGUGAAUCUGUUGUGUUUUAAUCUGAAAGCACUCUGCAUGGAGCCCACAAAUCUACAGAAAGCUAUAGCUGUAGCACAGAAGGCCUCACAGGAGGACCAGGCUGGGAACUAUGAAGAAGCCAUCCGCUCCUACCAACAUGCUGUCAAGUACUUUCUGCACAUUUUGAAACGUGAACCGCAGGGGAAAGAUGGCAACCAGAAAAUUAGAGAUAAAUGUAAACAGUACCUGGACAGAGUGGAAGAAUUACACGAGUACCGAGUGAAUAAAGAGAAAGCCAUUGAUCUUGCCAGCAAGGCGGCUCAGGAGGAUAAAGCUCAGAACUACGAGGAGGCUCUGCGCCUGUACCAAGCUGCUGUUCAGUACUUCCUCCAUGUGGUAAAAUAUGAAGCCCAGGGCGACAAAGCUAAACAGAGCAUCAGGGCAAAAUGUGCUGAAUACUUGGACAGAGCAGAGAAACUGAAGGAGUAUCUGAAGAAGAAAGAGAAAGCUCCCCCUGCCAAGCCUGUUAAAGAGUCACAGUCAGAUGACAAAGGGAAUGAAAGUGAUGAGGGUGAUGAUCCAGAGAAAAAGAAGUUUCAAAAUCAACUCUCAGGUGCAAUUGUUAUGGAAAAACCAAAUAUCAAAUGGAACGAUGUUGCUGGUUUAGAGGGAGCCAAGGAGGCACUGAAAGAAGCUGUUAUUCUUCCAAUCAAAUUCCCCCACCUUUUCACAGGAAAGAGAACUCCAUGGAGGGGGAUCCUGCUUUUUGGGCCUCCAGGUACAGGAAAGUCCUACCUGGCUAAAGCUGUUGCCACAGAGGCAAACAACUCAGUCUUCUUCUCGAUCUCCUCGUCUGACCUAGUCUCCAAAUGGCUGGGAGAGAGUGAAAAGUUGGUGAAGAAUCUUUUCAGCCUUGCAAGGGAGAAUAAGCCAUCUAUCAUCUUCAUUGAUGAGAUUGACUCCCUGUGUGGCUCAAGAAGUGAGAACGAGAGCGAAGCCGCUCGUCGUAUUAAGACAGAGUUCCUGGUUCAGAUGCAGGGUGUGGGGAAUGACAAUGAGGGAGUGCUGGUCCUGGGGGCAACAAACAUCCCAUGGACUCUCGACUCUGCCAUCAGAAGAAGAUUUGAGAAGAGGAUCUACAUCCCGUUGCCUGAAGAACACGCCCGCUCCUUCAUGUUCAAGCUCCAUCUGGGCUCCACCCCCAACAGCCUCACUGAUUCUGACUUUGUCACCCUGGGCAAGAAGACAGAUGGAUACUCAGGAGCAGAUAUCAGCAUUAUUGUCAGAGACGCUCUCAUGCAGCCUGUUCGAAAAGUCCAGUCAGCAACCCAUUUCAAACGGGUGCGAGGUCCAUCGAGAACCGACCCCAACAUUAUUGUAGAAGACCUAUUGACUCCCUGCUCACCAGGCGAUCCCAACGCAAUUGAAAUGACUUGGAUGGAGGUCCCUGGGGAGAAGCUAUUGGAACCUGUAGUAUGCAUGGCUGACAUGCUGAGGUCUCAGUCCAACACAAAGCCAACAGUUAACGAGCAGGAUCUGGAGAAACUGAAAAAAUUCACAGAAGAUUUUGGACAGGAAGGCUAGGUUGGAUGAUUGAGCUGAGCCAAGCCAAACCAAAGCAAAUGAAUUGUGAUUGUGUUUCUUUACUGUCCUUGUCUCUUUUUCUCUCUCUGUCUCAUCCUAACCAUUCAGUAAUCCUCAUGAGUUAUCUAAAUGGGAGAGAUUACUGCUCUAUCUCGCCAAACUGAUAACCACACAAAGGGUGUAAGACCUGUUUUUAUUCGAUAUUUACUAUUAUCCAAAGAAAAAAAAAGACUUACCACUCAAAGCAGACUUGAAUAAAAACUCAGCACCAUAUAGGAACCUUAGAGGGCUGUUUUACUAAUGCCCUACAGACUAAAGGUAUUGAUGAGGAGAAUACUUGAGCAGAUUAGAGAAACUAACAGCAGAAAUACACAGUUAUGGCAAGUAAGUAAUCAGGAUAAUUUAUUUUAAGAUAGAAUUUGCUCUUGUGUCCCUUAAAUGCCCCUUACAAGUUCUCUAUUUUUUCUUAAGCAAAAAAAAAAAAAGCAGUUUAAGGCAUAUACUGUACUUUUGAAGUCCAUAGAAUUUAUUGCGGUGAGAUACGGCAUUGAGGUGGUGGACAUUGUAGAGUUUUGGGACUGAGAUACUCAGGAUGAGUGCUUCAUUGGGCCCUUUGGCUAAUUUUGGAUUGUUUAGCCAGUUUCCAAACAAAUGACAGUUGUGUAUGUUUGCUCAUUUUUUAAUUUGAACCAAAUACGGCUGUUAGGGGUGGAUCACCAGUGGUGCCGGACCAGCAUUAUUGUCCCAUUUCUCAAGAACUAAAUAGCUUUGAAUUGCUUUGUCACUCAGCUCAUGUUUUUUUUCUCUUUUCCACAACUUACUGUACAUAUUUUCCAUCCCUAUCCACAGGCUUUUGCUGAUUACCCUUAAUCAAACCUGCAAAAAAGAACUAAGCCUUAGAUUAAGAUAAAGUCACAUUGCGAAUUUUUUGCGAAAACAAGACUGGGUUGUUGAAGCUGGACACUGAUGGCUCAGGUAGAGAGAUCAUCAUCUUGUGUAUUUUACAACAUAGGAAUGCAUCUCCAAGCAUGAAGUGUAGCCAUAAGUGGCAGUGUGCACCAUGUGCCUUCUAGAAAAGCUGCAAGAUUCUUUUUUUUUUUUGUAUUGGUUUAUCUCUAAAUUAGUCAUACUGCUUAUAUAUCAAGUGCAGUGUCACUACAACUAAGAAAUGUAUAGUACUUCUAAGUUUCAUGUAAGCUCUUUUAGAGAUUGUCUACAUCAGUACUCUGUUGCUCUAUGAGAUGUGCAAACUCUCUUGUGAGUUGUCGAUGGGGAAACACCUCAUUUUACUGUAAAUGUCUAUACAUAUAUAUAGCCAACUCUUGAGCCUUUUCUUUGUAAAGAGGUCACACAUGCACACAAUUCUGUUUUUCAUUUCCACAGUGUAAAUAAAAGUUAAAGCUACGACAAGU